AUGUUCUCCAAGACGGUCCUCCCAGGCGCUGUCCUGGCCUGUCUGGCCGCAGCUGCCCCGGCUCCCAGGCCUGACGUGCCUGGUUACACCGAUGCUGAUGCUCCGUACGCCACUGACACUCCCGACCCUGUCUCCGACCUGGCCACCUCUUUUGGUCCCGACUCCCAGAUCUCGGCCACCUUCACCACCGCCACCUUGAUUCCUCCCCGGCGCUCCAGUGUCUUGACUGGCCAUACGAGCCAUGGCCCUUUCUCUGGCACCCCCACCACUACUGGUGCUGUCAUGGCACCCACCACCGAGGCUGCCUCCGUGGCCCCUCUCCCGCCCAACCCCACCGCCACCUACUACAACUCGGAUGGAGAGCUCCACGAGCCUGCCCCCGCCCCUUACACCCCCGCCGGCGGUCUUGGUACCAACGGCACCGAGCCGCGGUACAUGGUGAACUCGGACUUUGACUACGAGUCCAUCCAGCUCGGCUUGUAUCAGGAGUGGAUCGAGCUUGACCUCUUCAACAACGGUCUGGCCACCUUCUCCGACGAGGACUUCCUCGCCGCCGGCCUGACGGCCGAGGACCGCGCUCUGAUCAGUUUCAUGGCCCAGCAAGAGACGGGCCACGCCACGCUGCUCUCCAACAUGCUGGGCGAGACAGCCGCCCCGCAGUGCACCUACAACUAUCCCUACACCACCGUGCGCGAGUACAUCGACUUCAACCAGAAGCUGACGCGCUGGGGCGAGUCGGGCGUCUGGGGCUUCAUCAACCACCUCGACUCCCGCGAGGUCGGCCAGCUGCUCUCGCAGUCCAUCGCAACCGAGGCCCGCCAGCAAAUGUCAUUCCGCCAGAUGCUCGGCCUGCACCCCUACCCGGUGUGGUUCGAGACGGGCAUCCCCCAGUCGUGGGCCUGGACCUACCUGGCGCCCUACAUAUCCUCGUGCCCCGAAAACACCACCCGGCUGGCGUGGCAGAACUUCCCCCCGCUGCGCUUCGUCAACCAGCCCAACCCCAACCGCUUCUCGCCCAACGACACGGCCGACAACGAGGUCGUCGGCCGCCGCGUCGCCGACCCGUCCGACUCGAAGAUCCCGUCCGACCAGAGCUGCGUCAACCUCAACGUCACGGGCUACGGCUGCGGGCCCGCCAUCGCGCGCAACCGCAGCGAGCCCCUCAGCUUCCCCGGCCGCCAGGUGCGCCUCGCGUGGGACGACGCCGGCGCGCCCGUCGGCCCCAACAACAGCUACGUCACGUCGACGGCGGCCGCCGCCCCGGCCUUCGUCGCCUGGGUCAGCCAGCUCAACCUCACCUACACCCCGCUCACCCUCACCGGCCCGAACGAGGGCUACACCUUCCAGCCCGCCGGCUACGUCUACGAGGGCGACCCCGCCGUCAACGGCACCAUGUUCGUCGCCCUGACCGACGACGACCUCUACCUUACCCCCUUCAACCUGUCCAUGAUCAACCCGCACGUCCGUGCUCUGGGCAUCUAUCAGGCUGGCUAG